AUGAGCUCCGAGCAAUCAACUUCUCUCAAGCGACCGCGCUCCCCGACCGAGCCUCAACCUCUCCCAGCAGCAAAGAUCCCCCGGACUGCUACGAACCACCUGCAGAUCAACUACCUGGUCCGGCAACACAAGGACACGAUCCCCCUUGUCACGGUCAAUGACAAGCUUCCGGAAAUCGCUCGCCUGCUGGGGGAAUAUGAUGGGGUUAUACAACGCCAUGAGAGCAUGGCAGGCAACUUGGGAGCUUGUCCGGUCGGCCCCAUCCUCGUCAAGCGGUUCGAAAAAAUGUUCGAUGGGCCACCAAAGAUCCUCAAGUCUCAUGCGAAAGAUGCCCAUGUGAGCUGGUUGGACGUGGUCGAGUUUGCUCAGAACAACCCCAAGCAGUUCAACCUAGAAAGAACUCGCAACGGAGUGCGGGUCUGUCAGUUCUACACCAAACAGUGUCGGGUCGAAAUUUCGGAGGAGGAUUUUGUCCUCAUCGCCAGUGGGAUGCCGCAGAAACUUAUCCCACCGCAGCCCAUCGUUGAAGACGAAGAAAAGGAACUGGGUGUUAUGGAUCUGUUAGACCGCAAUCUCGGCCAGGUCAUUCAGCUUGCAGACCAAGUAUCUGGCCGAGCGCGACAAUUGAUCCACAAGAUGAAAGGUCGGCGCACAGCAAUCUUGAGCAGACGCGAGCAGGAGGCCGAGGCACAACGACACGCCGUGAGAACCGAAGCACCUCCCUUUUCGCCCCUAGACACGAACGGCGCGAGCAGCAUCCGCGCAGUAAGGAGUGUUGAGGCCUCUCAAUCGCCUCCAGUCGGGUUUAGAGCAGUCAAUUUGAGACAAUCCACUUCCGCGGAAACAGACCUUCGGCGUCCAUCUUCCACCAACGACGUUCCACGGAGUACUAUCGACGACUCUUGUGGCUCGUCAAUUGGGGGAAACGUCACCAUCAUCAAUGGCAAGUCGAUCAAAGAUGCUUCUCCAUCAGAGCGAGCCGAGUUGAUGAGGAAUUUCUUGACCCCAAGCGAACGGGAAGCUGGUUUGACUGAAGACACUGUUCGGCGUUCGUCGCUGGGAGGCAACACCGCUCGAACACAGGCGAUGCAAGCCGCCUCUGCAGAAAAGCAGCGCUCCCGUUCGAUUGAACUGGGAGCCGGAAGUGCGUCGACAGUGGCCAUACCGAAUACCCCGGCGUCUCUCAUGCCUCACAUGAAGCCCGCCACGUUGGACAGGGAUGACGGCGGGCCAUUCAAGGCGGAGAUGGUGCGAAGAAUGGAUAACAUGUGGAAGGGCGACCGAGUGAUUCCUCCAUGCGAUCGAUGUCGCAGGCUGCACAUGGACUGUCUCAAGAACCUCACAGCGUGCAUGGGCUGUACCAAGAAGCAUGCCAAAUGUUCGUGGAAGGAGGUCAAGGCAGAUGAGUUGGAGAUGACCGCACCUGGAUCAACUUCGCCCGACAGGAACGCAACACGAGGCGCUUCGGCCAGGGAAAGCGCGCCACCCCUGUCAGCUGGAUCCGCGAUGGAGGUGAAUCGCCAGGCAGAGGAAAUGCAAAGAUCCGCGAGCAUUGCCCGAGCCUCUCUAGAUCUGGCAAGUGAGAAGUCUCUGACUUUGAAGGACGACGGGUCACAGGGGACGCGGGCAGACACGACUACCAAGACUGAGACGAUACCAUCCAGCACUUUGACAGGACGAUUUGAUGUUCGGCCGCCGCCGUUGGUUCAGCAAUUGCAAGAUGCUGCAGACGAACGAGCACUGGGCGGGCCAAGUUCUUAUGCACCGGUGUUUUCGCCAAGAGAAGAGGAGCAUGCAGACGGCCAUGACGAAGACGACGAAGGUGAUCGAUUACAGGCACUGGCAGCACAAGUCUACCGAAGUGCCUCUCAAAGUGGACAACGCUAG